AGAUGGAGAUCAGUUUCAUUUGGCAUGCGCUGUGAUCGGUUGGCCAGGAGAUACAAGCGCAGAUUGCGAGACAGGAUCAGAGGACAAGGACAGCGAUUGGGAAAAGGACACCGAACGAGAAGCACUGAAAGAGGCAUUCCUUUCAUGCCCGGUGAGAGCACACGGUGUUGAGUCAAAGAUAGCAGGAUGAGCCUAAUAAGGAUCGGGCUGGCGCUGCUGCUCCUGGUGGCCACCACUGCCCAGAUGGUGUAUCCCGUUCAGGGACGUCGGAAGCUAUGCGGCGAGGCGCUGAGCGAUGCCCUGGACCUGAUGUGUACCAAUGGCUUCGCCAGCCGGGCUAAGCGGAGCAUCACGGUGCAGGACAGAGGGUUGGCCCUGAUCCGGAAGCUCCAGCCACAUCGGCCGGAAAUGGACAUGGAAACGGAAACGGACCGUCCAGCCACCGGAAGCUUACGCAAAUUGCGACGCCUCCGACGCCGCGUGGCCCACGCGUGCUGCAAGGAGGGCUGCACCUACGACGACAUUCUGGACUAUUGUGCCUGAACAGCCCAACCAGAUCCCGUCCACACACCGUUGCAGACCAGACCAGACGGAGCACCACUACCCCACAUUGCAGAGAUCCCGAGCAGGAGCAGGACCACGACUACGAGCACGAGCACGAACAGGAGGAGCGGAGGCGGAACAGCAGGGACGACAACAGGCAAAGGGCCAACGAUGACGCGGACAAUGCCCACAGUGAACCAACCCGACGACGUUCUGCAAUUCAUUUUCCUACACUUAACCCUAAAUAUAAACGUAAUCAUAUUUCCAAAUAUUUCAUUGUAACAUUCUUAGUGGAAGCAAAUAAAGUUACUUUCAAGCAGCAGCAGCAAGAAAA